ACACUGUUUGUUGUUAAAUAAAUAAAUAAAGAUGGUGGCGUUCUUUCCUUUCUCUGUUCACAUUUGCUUUAAACGAGUGUUUUAUAAUUGUUAUCUUCAGCUAUUAAUGUUAUAGACAUUAUAAGAUUAUAGUGCUGUGUUCAUAAAUCUAUAAAAGUGUCAAUAAUAACUUAAAAAUAGUCCAAUGGAUGUAAAUAACACAGAAGUUAAAGAUGGCCAGACUACACGACCUCCAUUAAAUGAGGCGCCAUCUAUGAUUGAUAUCCAAAAACCUAAAAUUGAAGGAACUGCCAAAAAGAAGAGGAGGCGCGGGAAAUCUAAACGAAAAUUAUUAUUACCUUUUAAGAAAACUCCGUGGCAAGACAGACGUAAGAAUGAGAAAUCGAAGCGGAAUAAUAGAUAUAGAAAAAUUGUCUUGGCUAAAACUCGUGCACCGUUUAAUAAUAACCAAUUUCUAAUGGAAAUACAUAAACCUGAACCUGAAAAUACUUUUCAUAUUUUGCAGACACCAUCUGCGCGUACACGUGACUCGAGUUUCAGUGUUGAUUCUGAGGAAAAUUAUUUUUUUUCUCUUCCUGAAGACGAAGAGGAGUAUUUGACUAAAGAGUUUUCCAGCGUGUAUGAGGAUGCCCAAAGUGAGAGGUUAUCAAAUAUGUCAAAGAACGAACUCAUUCAAGAAUACCUUCUACUAGAAGCCAAGUAUGACAAUCUCGUAAAAAGAUCCGAACGUUCAAAGCCAAAAGGUUUAGAUAAUGACAGGGAAACUACAGCAGACAAAGAAACUACGGUAACUGAUAAUGACACCAUGAUAACUGAUAGGGACACUUCAGAAACCUCUGUUGUGUCAAGUGCUGAUGAACCAUCAAUUGAUGAUAUAAUGCAUCGGGUAAAGGAACAAGAAGAACAGAUACAUCAACUUACAUUAGCAAAUGAGAAAUUGCAAAUAGAAAAUGAACAUUUAAGACAAGGAUCACAGACUACUUCCAGUGAAGAUUCAGAAAGUGAUAGUUCUUCCACAUCAGACAGUUGUAGCAGUUCCAGCCAUUGUGUUAGUCCAGUAGAUCCAGAGACAACAAACAUUUCUGAAAAUAUUCCUAAUGGAAAUGGCUCACAUCAUGAACUUAAUGGAGAUGCUAAAGAGUUAGAAUCUGAAUAUCCACUCGUUAAUGGUUUUCACAGUCCUUCUGAAUAAUAUAUGAAGAGGUUGACAAUAAUUUUGGUUGUAUUAAAUAGUAUGUAACAAUAGUUUAAGGAUGUAUUUUAAAUUAUUAUUUAAGAUCUUUAAAUUGUGGGAACAUGCGUGUGAUGCAUUUAGUUUACUUGCCAGAUGUUCUGCUGAUCCGAUAAUUCCUUUAUUUAUUUCACUAUAUUUAGGUUUAUUGUAUUUUAUAUCACUGUGGGAAUGUAAUUGUGAGAUCUCAUAUUAGAUAUAGUAAAAUUUUCUGUGAUAUCCUUGUGGAUAUUUUGUCAGUAGUGUUUUUUUAGUUAUUCCAAAAUAAAUCUCACUUUUAUGUUGAUACAGUGAGGUAUAUUUUAUAGUUAUAAAAUUGACACAAUAUAUUAUAUACUUAUAGGUAUAUCUAUUUUAACUACUUAGAUAUUAAUAUUUUAUGGUUAUUGUUGAGUUUGUUAUAUAUGAGUGUUUCCUUUGUAAGUAAAAAGUUAAAACCAAAAUUAAUGUGUCAACUAGAUAAUACUGUAGGAUAAUGUAAUAAUUUAGAUAUUCAUUUAAACAGGGAUUCAUUAAAGACAGUUAUGAAUGAUAUGAAUGUUUUUAAAUAUUUUUCGUAAAGGCUUUAAAAUUUAAAUUUAAAAAUAAAGCACUAUGAUCAAAAUGAUCUUGUAUAGCAGAUCCAUAUAGUUGUAUAAAGGAGAACAACAUGAAUAAAUAAAAUGUUUAUUUUCUAAUACAGGUAUGUAUUAUACAUUACAUACAUAAAUUUUACAAUAUGUUAUAAUAAUCACCAAACAGUGUGCACGAAUGUGAUUCAUGCACACUAUUUGGUAUUAUUACAACAUUGUAAAAUUUAUGAGUUGCAAAUUGAUAUUAUUAUUUAUAUUAAAA